GAAUCAUUAAAAGUGGCGGUUAGCGCGCGCUUCCACGCGAAAGUCCGCGCUGCUGUGAGAGUAGUAUCUGCGUGACGCCUCCGUGCUCCCUAUCAACACAAAACCUGACCUCUCAGAGGAGCCUUUCCCAUCUUUACAUCCGCGCAGACAUAAAAGCUCCACAGCCACCAUGUUCGAAGCUCGCCUGGUCCAGGGAUCCAUCCUGAAGAAGGUGCUGGAGGCUCUGAAGGAUCUGAUCACAGAAGCCUGCUGGGAUGUCAGCUCGUCCGGCAUCUCCCUGCAGAGCAUGGACUCCUCUCACGUCUCCCUGGUGCAGCUCACUCUGAGGCACGACGGCUUCGACUCGUACCGCUGCGACAGAAACCUCGCCAUGGGGGUCAACCUGAGCAGUAUGUCAAAAAUCCUGAAGUGUGCCGGAAAUGAGGACAUCAUCACCCUCAGAGCAGAAGACAACGCAGACACGCUCGCCCUCGUGUUCGAGACUCUCAACCAGGAAAAGGUGUCGGAUUACGAGAUGAAGCUGAUGGACCUGGAUGUGGAGCAGCUUGGCAUUCCAGAGCAGGAGUACAGCUGUGUGGUGAAGAUGCCCUCUGGGGAGUUUGCUCGUAUCUGCCGUGACCUUUCGCAGAUCGGUGACGCCGUCAUGAUCUCCUGCGCCAAGGAUGGAGUCAAGUUCUCCGCCUCAGGCGAGUUGGGCACAGGAAACAUCAAGCUGUCCCAGACCAGCAAUGUGGACAAAGAGGAUGAGGCCGUUACGAUUGAGAUGAACGAGCCCGUCCAGCUGAUCUUUGCCCUCAACUACCUGAACUUCUUCACCAAGGCCACGCCUCUCUCCAAGACGGUCACCCUCAGUAUGUCUGCCGAUAUCCCCCUCGUGGUGGAGUACAAGAUUGCUGACAUGGGGCACAUCAAAUACUACCUGGCACCGAAGAUCGAUGAGGAGGCUUCUUAAGAUGUUUCUAACAGACCAAAAAAGGGAGAAUAGA